AUGCAUUUGGACAUCAAGCCAUCCUCAGUUUUCCUCUCUUACCCCCAGCUGCAGAGGGAGAGCUUUGGUCUGCCAUCAUACGAUGCUUUGGCCCAGAUCCUGCCUGACUACCAGCACCUGUUCAGAAGCAGCGGGCCACAGAAGCUGACCCCGGGCCCGAGUGAUGAUUCCCAGUGGAAGCAGAAAGAACAGGCCCAGAAACACGGCACCUAUGAGGUCCACAACCCUCCUAAACGCGCCCCCAUUCCUGACUUCCCUGAUGAUGCCCAGCUGUCCUCUGAGCUCUCAGACCACCAGAUCAAAGAGGUGGAAAACUACCGUGUGGCCAUGUGUAAGAUGGCAGAGGACAUUAUUGCCCUACGCGGCCAGUUGGGGGCGCUGGAGGCAGAGAAUAGCCGUCUCCGUAGCGACCUCAGCCUGCACCAGGAAGUGGGCCGCACGCUCCUCAUGGACACUGAUGUGGACGUCAUGACCAAGGCCGAGAUUGAGGACCGCAUCGCCUCCCUGAAGGUGAAGCUGGCUAGUGAGAGCAGUAAAGCAGCCUCUCAACGAGACAAGAUUCAGCAGCUACAGAAUGAGCUGAUCAGGAAGAAUGACAGUGAGAAGGAGCUGGAGAGCCUGAGGAGAGUGCAUCAGCAGCAGCAGGCGGAACUGCAACGCCACCAGAGCCACGGAGCCAAAAUGGCCGCCCUGGAGACCACUGUUCGCCAGCAGGAGAAGGUCAUUGAGAAGAUGGAGAGGGUCCUGGACGCAAAGCUUCGGGAACGAAACAAAGAGAAUGAGGAGUUGAGGAAGCUUAAUAAAAAAGAUAAAGCAGACAGCAAGAGGAAGGAGAUAGAGAGUGUGUUGGCAGCUGAAAAUGCUCGCCUCAGAGAGGAGCUGCAGAGAAUGAGAAGCCAGCCUCCUCCUGUCGUCAUCCAGCAACCACCUCAGUCUGUUGCGCUCCUUCCUGACCGAGAGAAGCUGAGCUUGUUGGGGCAGCUGGAGAAAGCAGAAGCCCGAAUACGCGCACUGGAGAGCCAGCUGAAGGCCAGCUCCAGGGAGUGGGGGAGGGAGAAGCAGGCCUUGAACACCAAGCUGAGCGAACACCAACACGGCUUUCAACAUUCCUCUACAGUCCUCCUACACGACGUCCCCAUGAAAAGUGUGACGCAAUCAGUGAUUGGCCGAAUUAGACACAGACAGUUGGACCCUCUCAAGUAGACCCCUCCCAUCAUCACUACCAGCAUGUUUGGAAUUACACUUCAUUUAUUUCUGUUAUACACUCUCAAUAAUCCACUGACAAUCACUCCAUUCAUAAACAAAUAACAUAAUAAAAGCAACUAUUUGAUAAAGAUGAAUCUCUCUUAAUUUAACAAACAUUUCAAGUUUGAUACAUUUUCAAAUGAAAGUCCACCUAUUGCAUAUGAACUCAACUUGGGGUGUAAUUUUCUUUCCACUCUGGUGAUUUUUUUUAUCUCUAGGGGUUAAAGCAAAAAUUUCUCAAGUUGAGUUGACGUGUGGGGCAGCAGGUGGACUUUCGUUUCUUUUUUUCCCAGUGCACAUCAGUACUUGCGUCAAAGAAAUGUACAGUUACACAUGUCAUGUCUCAUUUAAUUAUCACACAUAAUUUUCAUGUCACAUUUAAUUGAUGAAAGCACCAAACUGUCAUCAUUGACAAGUUUGUUACAUAUAAAAUGUACAUUUGAAGUGUAAUCUGACUGAGGUUGUGAGGUGUACUGUAGUGUGCUCUGUCAUCACUGACUGCUAUUCAGGGUCACAAUGGGUUUGUCUGAAGGAUGUUGUGUUGUGAGGUGCCAUGUUGUAGUAGCCUGGGCCUGUGAGGUGCCAUGUUGUAGUGGCUUGGGCCCACCCACACUAACUGUGGCG